CAACGUCCUUCUCCGUACCGCCAUUGAACCUGCUCCAUUCUUAGUAUUCUGGAUUUUUCAGAUGUUAUCAUGGUUUGUAGUUGCUUUACGCUUUCGGUUUCCAUUUUCCCUCCUCCAUUCUAUUGUUUCAGUUAUAAGCUUGGUUUGGCUUUCCUUCCUUUGCUUGUUGGUCUGUUCUUUUGAGCCUUUCGUUUCUAUUCGCCUGCUCCAGCAACAUUGUCUCGGUAAGUCAUUCAUUUAUCGGUUUAUAUGCUUUUUUGCUAUUGCUGCUUAUGAACUGUGCAAGCUUGGCCCAUUUUUCCCACUAACUUUGUUCUUUUUUCCCACCUUCCCUUGCUAAUAAAUGCUGGACGAUAUAUGCCUCUGCUUUUGUGCUUUAUUUUGAUGUCCUUGUUUGUCGAAUUUGGCCGCAUUUUCGUCCUUGCUUGGAGCCUGCUAUGGAGCUCAUCUUCUCUUAUGUGUUCUGGUAGAAAUUCCCUUGCAGGAGGUCAAUUUCUAUUUACCUUUGGGUUGUAUUUGUAAAAACCAUAACUCUAUCACUGUUGACGGCUAUUGGAAGAAGGACUGUAGCUGUUUCUUUGCUCUGUCCAACCCACCACUGUUUCUUUGCUCUGCCAACCCGCCGCUGCAGGUAGAGCUAUGCAUUGUUGCCGGCAUUUUCUGCUUGUGCUAAUGCUGCUUCUUCGUUUUGCUCUCCUUCAUAAAGAUUGGUCAGGUGAGCCAGCGGCCAACCGACGUUUUAUCCAUCAAAAUAGAGAGAACAAGGUGAACAUUUUUAUGCCCUUUGUAUUUCUUUCUUGUGCAAUUUUGCAGAUUUGAUUGGAACCUGAGGUGCAUUUUCUCCAAAAGACUUCCAGUUGAUCUCAUCUCAAGCGGACUCUCAGGCAGACAGACACCCAAAAAGACUCCAACUUUCACUAAUGGCGACUAUCCGAAUGAUUGAUAUAGCAGUCAGUCUCACUGAUGGUAUGUUCAAAGGAAUAUACAACGGCAAGAAAUACCAUGUGGCAGAUAUUGUUGCAGUACUCAGCAGGGCUUGGAGCGUCGGUGUUGAUCGAAUUAUUGUUACUGGUGGAUUUCUAGAGGAAUCAAAAGAAGCUCUUGCUAUUGCUGAAACUGAUGCAAGACUUUUUUGCAUGGUUGAUGUGCACCCAACAAGAUGCAAAGAAUUUGAUGAGAGUGGGGAUCCCGAAAAGCAUUUUCAGUCUCUUCUCUCAUUGACUAAAGAGGGGGUUGAGAAAGGAAAGCGAUUGGUGAAUGUGGACUGGACUAUGACAGGCUUCAUUGCUAAAAGAAUCCAAUGCCAGAUGAUUUGGGGAAGCGUAGGGGAAUCCAAUGCCAUAAACAUUGCUAAAAGAAUUGGCUUUGAUGAGAAGAUAAUUAACUGUGCCCAAGCAUGGAUAAACAAGUUGACCCCACAGAAGGUAUUGAUGCAGAAAGAUUUGCUGCACCAGUGACUAAUGGAAGAAAGAAGUAGAUUAGAAAUUCAAGCAAAUAAAGCUGCAUCUCUUCACUUGGAUAUUAUGAGCAUUUAUUAUGAGAAAAUAAAUGCGGCAGAUGACUUUGAAGGGCGUGAGACAGCUCUUGAGACCAAGGAGAGCCAACAGAUCCAACAGAAAUUGAAGGCUGUGAAGAAGGAAAUUUAAGAUAUAGUGCAUGAAUUUGAGAACCAACUUAAAAAUGCUAAUGCAGAUAAGUACAAUCUGCUGCUGAAGAAAGCAGAGUCUGCAAUUGCAUCCCUUGUUGAAGCUCAUCAGCCUACUGAUGGUCUUUCUAUUGGGAAUACGGACAGUAGGUUGCAUGUACCACAGCCUGGUGAGCAAAUGUAUGUCAAUGGACUUGGGGAAAAAGUUGGCUACUGUAAUUGAAGCACCUGGAGAUGAUGACAUGGUCCUUCUCCAACAUGGAAAAGUCUGAGUACAUGUGAAUAAACACAGUGUAGGAGCUCUUGCAAAUACUGUCAACUUUUGGGAACACACAUUAUUCAUCAACUUCUCAAUUUGGACAUAUCAUGGACAGUUGUUCUGAAAUUGGAUAUUAAUUGCGAGAGGAAACUCGUACUGCAUGUGGACAUUAGCUCUCGGCAUCAGUUAAGCAGAAGACAAUGGGCAUUUUUUCUGCACAAUUGCCUAAAUGUUUUUCGUAUAUUUCAUAGCACAAUGCUCUCUAUUUGGGAAGCAAUGUGAUAUAUAGGUAUCAACAGACAACCUGCUACUGCUUUGUGGAAAGGCUUCUACAUUGCAUAGAUCAGCUGAUGCUUUUAACCAUUGACUGGAACAUAUAUUGCCUUGUAAUGUUUGUUUACCUCCAAAGCCAACAGUUAAACAUCCUUGCGUGCUUCACCUAAUUAUGAUUAGCUUGCUUUAUGUCAAUUAAUCGUUCUAUAUUGGAAAGUUAAGACACUA